CUGGCCGUAGCCGCCGAAACCUGCGACCAAUUCCUGCGCCAGGGCCGAGAGCUCCUGGCGCAGGGCAACUUCGUUGCGGCUUCCGCCGCGGGUUGGCGGGCCGCUGUCCUGGCGUUGGAAGAGUACGUUGACGGCAAUAUGCCGGAAACCGAGUCCAACGCGGAAACCGAAUUCAAGGCGGCCGCGCGCAUCCUGGUCAAGGACCACCGGGCGCACGUGAACGUGGCCGAGUGGGUGGUCAGCGCGAUCACGCUGUCGGAGAACGUUGAGGAUGACUGGCUCGACCGGGACGGAAUAGACCGACGGCUCGACGACAUGCAGCGGCUGGUGCUGCUCGUCAAGGACGUCGCUGACCCGCCUCAGACUGCGGACCACAUUCUGAGCCGCAGCCGGGAAUGUUUGGAAAACGGGUCCCUGGCGGUGGCGUCGGAGAAGGGCUGGGAGGCCGUCACCCGAGCCGCCAAAUCGUAUGCGGAAGAGACGGGGCACGACCAUAUCCGUAGCAAUUACCUGGACCAGGUCACGCCUCUGUUGGUGAGAGAACCGGGAGGCGAACCGGCAGGUCCCUGGUCGUUGGAAGUCCUGAACUUGUUAGAAAACACGGACCCCAAGCGAAAAUCGCUGGACGCCUUUUGGGUUCAGCAAGACCUCGACGCGGCCGCGAGAUUGAUAUCCUUGAUCAGCGAACUGAUGCAAAGUAAGCAGAUCGCUUAG